AUGGCUAUGGAAAAUGCCAGCCGACAGCAGUUUUACCAGAGUGAUCGCGUGAAAGCGUUCCAUCGAGACCUGCUGCUGACAGAGACCCUGAAAGAGCGUGCGGAGCAAAUUAAACAAAAUCAAAAAAUUGCCAAUGCCAGAAAAGAAGAAGAAAGGAGACUUUUGGCACAGAUUAGGCGCAAGGAGAGGGAGGAUGCUGAGAAGGAGCGCCAAAGAAACCUUCAGCGAGAGAUGGAGAGAAAGGCUUGCUCUGAGUACGUGAAGCAACAGAUUCAGAAGAAGGAGCUCAUGAGAAGGCAGCAAAAGCUAGACAAACAGGGAGAGAUGGACGAAUGCACCAAAAUCCAAAUGGAGUAUGAGAGAGACGAGAUGAUGCUGAAACAGAGACAGCAUGAGGAGAAGAUGAAGGUCAGAAACAUUUACCUUCAGCAAAUAGCAGAGAAGAACAACACCAGAGCAAAACGAGCUCAAAAUGAAGACGUGGAAGAAACGCGUCGUAGGCGUUUUGAAAUGGACAAAGAGCGGUGGACAAAGAUGAGCAGUGAGAAGGAUGCCGAAAAAUACAGGAGACGGGAGAGGCGCAGUGAGAUGCUGGGCGAGAGGCUUCUCGCAGAGGAGCGGGAGAAGGCCCGCAGAGAGGAGGAAAUGAAUGCCAGGGCUCUGGCUAAAGCUGUGGCUGAGCGAGAGGCCAAGCUGAUGCAGGAGCGGAUCCGCAAGUCUGCGAAGAACAAGGACUUGCAGAACGCUAUGGCUGCUCAGCGCGAAGCCCGGCGCAUUGAGCGAGAGGAGAGAGAAAGAGAGGAGAAACAGAGAGGACUGAAGGAGCUCCUUGCCAUGAAAGAGGCCGAAAAAGUCUACUGGGAAAACCAGAGGCUGGCUGCAGAAAAGAUGAAGGCGGACCGCAUGUUGAUGGACGAUGCCCUUCGUCAGCAGAUCGCCGAAAAACGCCUCAAGGAACGGCUUGAAAAAGAGGAGCGACUGGACUACGAUAAGAAGCAGAUGGAGCUGUUUGCAAAGGAAGAGAAGGAGUUCCAGCGUUACACUGAUGGGGUGAUUAACGCAGCCGCACAGGCUCACAGGGAUACAUACUCACUCCGCAAGGCGCAAGAGAGAGGCAUUGCCUCCGCACUAGGCCCCAUUACUGGGGGAGUGAGAGCAAACUAUUUGGUUCCUGGAGCCAGCUACUCUGACAUGCCAAAGUAUGUCAACAGCACAGCCCAAGAUAUCGCCAGAUUGUACAGGCCCACUCAGUUCGAGUCAACCAAGGCAAGACUGGGUUUCAUCUGGUAA